AUGUCCAACCUGGUUCUCCAGGCGGACCGUCGAUUCAUCACCCGCCGAGGUGAUGACAGUACUGGUGAUCCCGAGUCGCUUGCUGGUCGCAUCAACCUGAACGACAUGGGCUCGCGCAAUGCCCGCGAAGCCGCUCCUGCCCAACCAGCUGCUCAAGAUGCGCAAAGGAAGCGCAAGAGACCCGAACCCGCCCAGAGUGCUCGCGCCUCUGGCAUCCUAUCACAAGCAGAUCUCAACAUCGAAGGCCUACGAUACCGCCCUCGCACACCUGCAACCCAGGCGACAUACACAUUGAUCAACACACUGGUGGCACAAAAGAUGGGAGGCGACUACGGCCUCCACAUCACUGCCAGUGCCACCGACAGCAUUUUGGAGUACCUGAAGGACCAAGCCCUCAAAGAUUUUGACAAGAAGCGGGAGAUUGACGAUAUUGUCGGCGUCAACUUGUCAUCGAAGGAAUUCAACGAACUCGUCAACUUGGGCAAGAAGAUUACAGAUUACGACGCACAAGAUGAGGACGAGAAUAUGGGCGAUGCAGAUGAUGCAGGCGAAGGCGACGAUAUUGAUGAUCGCCAAGGUGUUGCCGUUGACUUCGGUGACGAAGAUGAGGAAGAAGGCCAAAACUACGAAGUUCGCGACGGAGAAGGAGAGUCAGAUGACGAGGAUGUCAUUGAGGAUCCGGAGAACGUCGUCGGAGGCGGCGCUGAAGAGGUGGAAGAUAUGGCUGCAGAAGGCGACGAAGAAGAUCUCGUCUUCUCAGCCCCGACAACCAGCCGCUCAGCAAAGGCCGACCAGGAGGAUAUCAUACCCGCUCACGAAAUCGACGCUUUCUGGCUCCAGCGACAGAUCGGCCAGCUAUACGAGGAUGCACAUAUUCAACAAGACAAGACAUCACAAGCGCUAGACAUGAUGUCGGGCUUAAAUGAGGAUGGUGAGGAGAAACAGUUGCGCGACGUUGAGAACGAUUUGAUGGAGCUGUUCGACUACGAACACCCCGAGCUGGUCUCGAAGCUUGUCAAGAACAGAGAUAAGGUCGUAUGGGCAACGAGGUGGAGAAGAGCUGGCGAAGAUGAACCUGCUCGCGUGGCCAUUGAACGCGAGAUGGUCCAGGCUGGACACGGAAGCAUUCUCAAGGAGCUCAAGACACGCCAACAAGGUACCGAUGGACAAGCUCAGGGAAAGAUGCAAUUCGACCUUAUGGACCUGGAUACAGCGACUGGAAAGCCUGCUGUGGCUGAAGAGAAGAAGGAGGGUCUUGUUGGUGGUCUUGCACCGAGCAGGAAUAUCAACCUUGAGAACCUUGUCUUUGACCAGGGAAACCAUCUCAUGACCAACCCAAGCGUUAAGCUGCCACAAGGAUCGACGAAGCGCACAUUCAAAGGCUACGAGGAAAUCCACGUACCGGCCCCCAAGCGCAAACGCGAGGACUUCGAAACCCCUAACCUUCCAACAACUGAAUUGCCUGAGUGGGCUCGCAUUGGAUUCGGAAGUUCUAAGGAGCUCAACCGAAUCCAAACACGAUGCUUCCCUACUGCAUUCAAGGACGACGGCAACAUGCUGAUUUGCGCGCCUACUGGAUCUGGUAAAACAAAUGUCGCUAUGCUCGCAAUGUUGCGCGAAAUUGGCAAGCACCGUAAUCCCGAGACUGGCGAGAUCGAUUUGGACGCUUUCAAGAUCAUCUUCAUUGCCCCUCUGAAGGCUCUGGUCCAGGAACAGGUCGGCAACUUUGGCGCGCGCCUGGCGCCUUACGGUAUUAAGGUUUCAGAACUGACUGGUGAUCGUCAACUCACCAAGCAACAAAUUGCUGAAACCCAGGUCAUUGUGACGACCCCAGAGAAGUGGGAUGUCAUUACUCGCAAGGCCACUGACACCAGCUAUACCAAUCUUGUCCGUUUGAUCUGUAUCGAUGAAAUCCACUUGCUUCACGACGACCGUGGUCCGGUUCUCGAGAGCAUUGUCAGUCGACAGAUCCGCAAGAUCGAGCAGACUGGUGAGCCUGUCCGUCUUGUAGGUCUGAGUGCCACUCUUCCCAACUACCGCGAUGUCGCCACUUUCCUGAGAGUCGACCCUCAGAAGGGAAUGUUCCACUUUGACGGCACUUACAGACCUUGCCCCUUGAAGCAGGAGUUCAUCGGUGUCACCGAGAAGAAGGCAAUCAAGCAGUUGAAGACCAUGAACGACAUUUGCUACAACAAGGUUCUCGAACAAGUUGGUCAACAGCGUAACCAGAUGCUGAUUUUCGUCCACUCCCGUAAAGAGACCGCGAAGACGGCCAAGUACAUUCGUGACAAGGCUCUUGAGCUCGAGACGAUCGGGCAGAUUCUGAAGCACGAUGCAGCCAGCCGAGAAAUUCUGACAGAGGAAGCCGAGAGUGUGACGAAUGCUGAUCUCAAGGAUCUUCUCCCAUACGGUUUCGGCAUCCAUCACGCUGGUAUGAGCAGAGCCGAUCGUAACUCAGUCGAGGAAUUGUUUGCUUCGGGUGAUGUUCAGGUUCUUGUCUGCACAGCCACCCUCGCAUGGGGUGUCAACCUUCCAGCUCACACUGUCAUCAUUAAGGGUACUCAGAUCUACUCUCCUGAGAAGGGUAGCUGGGUUGAGUUGUCUCCUCAAGACGUCCUACAGAUGCUUGGUCGUGCCGGUCGCCCGCAAUAUGACACAUACGGAGAAGGUAUCAUCAUCACGACACAACAGGAAAUCCAGUACUACUUGUCGCUACUGAACCAACAGCUUCCCAUUGAGAGUCAGCUUGUUAGCAAGUUGGCAGACAACCUUAAUGCCGAAGUCGUUCUCGGCAAUGUUCGUACCCGUGAUGAGGGUGUCGAGUGGCUGGGUUACACAUAUUUGUUCGUGCGUAUGUUGCGAUCGCCCGCACUGUACCAAGUUGGUGCCGACUACGAAGAUGACGAAACGCUGGAACAAAAGAGAGUCGAUCUGAUUCACUCUGCGGCUUUGCUUCUUGAGCAGGCGAACCUGGUCAAAUACGACAAACGUGCAGGUCGCAUCGUGUCUACCGAGCUUGGUCGCAUUGCAUCGCACUACUACAUUACUCACAAAUCGAUGUUGACCUACAAUCAGCAGAUCCAGCCAUCAAUCACCCCUAUUGAGCUUUUCCGUGUCUUUGCCCUCAGUGAGGAGUUCAAGUAUAUUCCCGUCCGCCAAGACGAGAAGCUGGAGCUUGCAAAGCUGCUCGGCAGAGUUCCAAUCCCUGUCAAAGAAACCAUUGAUGAGCCUCACUGCAAGAUCAACGUCUUGCUUCAAGCAUACGUGUCUCGUCUGAAGCUCGAUGGCCUUGCUCUCAUGGCUGACUUGGUCUACGUCACACAAUCUGCUGGCCGUAUUCUGAGAGCUGUCUUCGAGAUCGCUCUCAAGAAGGGUCUGGCUUCGGUUGUCAAGGAUGCCCUUAACCUCUGCAAGAUGGCCGAGAAGCGUAUGUGGCCUACCAUGUCACCUCUGAGACAGUUCCCGGAGUGCCCUGCAGACAUUGUUCGCAAGGCUGAGCGCAUUGAUGUGCCGUGGUCGAGCUACUUUGAUCUUGAUCCUCCUCGUAUGGGAGAGCUUCUUGGCUUGCCCAGAGCCGGUAGACAAGUCUGCGCUCUGGUUCAAAAGUUCCCUCGUCUAGAGAUCCAGGCUCAAGUUCAACCCAUGACACGAACUAUGCUCCGCGUCGAGCUUACCAUCUCACCCAAGUUCGAGUGGGACGAAGCCCUCCAUGGAAAGUCUGAAAGCUUCUGGAUUCUCGUAGAGGACUGCGAUGGUGAAGAAAUUCUGUUCCAUGACCAGUUCGUCCUUCGCAAGGAGUACGCCGAAGCCGAGAUGAACGAGCAUCUGGUCGAGUUUACUGUACCCAUCACUGAGCCCAUGCCACCCAACUACUUCAUCACCGUGUUGUCUGACCGUUGGAUGCACUCUGAGGCUCGUCUGGCUGUGUCCUUCCAGAAGCUGAUUCUGCCUGAGAAGUUCCCUGCUCACACUCCUCUUUUGGAUCUCCAGCCUCUUCCCAUCGCUGCUCUCAAGCGUGAAGAGUUCGUCAACCUCUACCCUGACUGGGAACGGUUCAACAAGAUCCAGACCCAAACAUUCAAUGCCUUGUACUCUUCAGACGACAACGUGUUUGUUGGAUCUUCCACUGGCAGCGGUAAGACUGUGUGUGCUGAAUUUGCUCUGCUCCGUCACUGGAGCCAAGGAGAUGGCAAGGCUGUCUACAUUGCACCCUUCCAAGAAGCGAUCGAUGCUCGUUAUAAAGACUGGCAAUCCCGCUUGACCGGCAUUGCUGGCGGCAAGCAGAUUGUCAAGUUGAUUGGCGAGACUACUGCUGAUCUCAAGUUGCUCGGGGAAGGCGAUCUUAUCCUUGCCACACCUCAACAGUGGGACAUGAUGUCUCGUAUGUGGCAGCGCAGAAAGAAUGUCCAAGCUGUGACACUUGUUGUUGCCGACGAUCUCCACAUGAUCGGAGGACACAACGGUUACAUCUACGAGACUGUUGUAUCUCGCAGUCACGCAAUCAGCAAGCAACUCGAGAACGGCCUCCGCAUCGUCGGUUUGAGUGCCUCUCUUUCCAACGCCCGUGAUGUCGGUGAAUGGUUCGGAGCUAGCAAGCACACCAUCUUCAACUUCAGCCCUCAAUACCGCCAGAUCCCCCUUGAGCUCCACAUCCAACCUUUCACGAUUCCUCAUUUCCCAUCUCUUAUGUUGGCCAUGGUCAAGCCUGUCUACCAGUCUAUCGCACAGCUCGCCGCCGGUCAGCCCGCCAUGGUGUUCGUGCCAAACCGUAAACAGGUACGCGCGACUGCCUUGGACCUGCUGGCAACUUGUGUUGCCGAUGACCAAGAAGAUCGAUUCCUCAACGCCAACCUUGAAGACAUCUCUUCUGUCCUGGAGAAGAUCAACGAACGCGCUUUGGCCGAGUCUUUGUCGCAUGGUAUUGGUUACUUCCACGAAGCUCUCAGUCCCUUCGAUAAACGUGCUGUCGAGCACUUCUUCAAGGCUGGUGCCAUCCAGGUAAUGCUUGUAUCAAGAGACUGUGCUUGGGAAGUGCAAACUCCAGCUCACAUGGUCAUUGUGAUGGGCACUCAGUUCUUCGAAGGUCGUGAGCAUCGCUACAUCGACUACCCCAUCAGUGAGAUUUUGCAGAUGCUCGGCAAGGCUGGCAGACCGAUGAAAGACAAGAAGGCUCGUGGUGUUCUGAUGUGCCCCGCCGUCAAGAGAGACUACUACAAGAAGUUCUUGACAGAGGCACUUCCAGUCGAGAGUCAGUUGCAAGCCUUCUUGCACGACGUCUUUGUUACUGAAAUCAGCACCAAGACGAUUGAAGACACUCAGGACGCAAUCAACUGGUUCACCUACACCUACUUUUACCGUCGUCUGAUGGCCAACCCCAGUUUCUACGGUCUUACUGACACAACUCAAGACGCCUUCAACUACCAUUUGUCAGAGCUUAUCGAGUCCACUCUCAAGGAUUUGACUGACGCAAACAUCAUCGAGGUUGACGAAGAAGAUGAUGGUUCAAUCACACCACUCAACGCUGCCAUGAUUGCCGGCUACUACAGCAUCUCCUUCAUUACCAUGCAAACCUUCUUGCUUUCAUUGAAGAAGACCACUAAGCUGAAGGGCAUCCUCGAGAUUGUCACUGCAGCCACAGAGUUCGAGGACAUUCAGACUCGUCGUCACGAAGAACGCAUUCUGUCGCGUAUCUACGACCGUGUGCCAGUCAAGCUCGCCGAGGUCAACUUCGAGUCUCCUCACUUCAAGGCAUUCAUCCUGUUGCAAGCACACUUCUCACGCAUGCAACUACCUGUGGAUCUUGCCAAUGAUCAAGAGCUGAUCCUCAAAAAGGUUCUCGUCUUGCUCAGCGCUUGCGUAGACGUACUUUCAUCAGAAGCCCACCUCAACGCCAUGAGCGCCAUGGAGAUGAGCCAAAUGGUUGUGCAGUCCAUGUGGGAUCGUGACUCGCCACUCAAGCAAAUUCCCCACUUCGAACCCGAAGUCAUCGAAGCCGUCAACAGUAAUGGCAUCAACGACAUUUUCGAGUUCAUGGACGCCAUGGACCCGUCCGAGAACCCCAACUACGAGAAACUGGUCAAGAACAUGGGUCUCAGCAACCAGCAAUUGGGCGAUGCCGCUCGCUUCACCAACGAACGCUAUCCCAACGUCGAGCUCAACUUUGAACUCGAAGAUGCCGAGAACGUUGUUGCUGGCGAACCUAGCUUCAUCAACGUCAGCAUUGAGCGCGAUGUUGAAGAGGACGAAGAGCCUAACCUUACUGUCCACGCACCGUUCUACCCUGCACAGAAGUCUGAGAACUGGUGGCUUGUUGUUGGCGAGGAGAGCACCAAGAACUUACUCAGUAUCAAGAAGGUCACUAUCGGUCGUGAGCUCAAGGUUCGCCUUGACUUUACCGUACCCACGCCUGGCAAGCACGACUUGACUUUGUUCUUGAUGAGUGAUUCGUAUGUUGGUGUUGAUCAAGCACCUACGUUUAGCGUAGAGGCUGCCGAAGGCGAGGAAGAGGAUGACGAGGAUGAGGAAAUGGAGGAAUAA